GGGAUGAUCGACAAAGCAAGACUUUCUUUAUUGCCAAUAUGAAUAUCUUCAAGUAGUUUCAUCGUGCAAUUGAAUUUGUUGCGCGCAUUUGCAUUUCUGCCGACAGGGUUUUUGCAGUUGAUCCAUCUUGAUCGAACGGAACAAUAUAUUUGUACCGGUUCAACAAACAACUCUACUACUCGUAUUUCCGGCUUUUUCACGACAUCACCGUCAACGUGUCGUGUGGAGCUAUCCGGGCGGAGGGACGCGCCACAAAAAAUGCCAAAAAAAUGCCCACAAUGUUACUUUUUUACAGACGCAACUACUACAAUCAUCGAUCAUAAUCCAGACUAAUCUCAUCCCCAUAAAUUCAGAAUCUCAUCAGAAACAUGUCCGGCCAGCUUUCGCCGAGAAAAGAAAAUCUAAAUCACAUCCAUCCAAAAAGCUAUGCGCGCCCGGGAAGUCUUAAGCUUGGGUCUGGGUCGGCCCUAGACAUUCGCAAAACCCGACCACCCCCAGCUCGGGCACGACAAUGCGCGCAGGCUAUGUCCAAGAACAUUGUGCCCCAAAAAAUAACUUCCCAAAACCUAGACAAGCCCGAAGCGAUGGGCACGCACCCGCGCCUCGCUUCGCCCCGACGACAAAAAAAGCCCGCCUGUGAAGGGGGGGGGGGCUAAAACCCCAUCAGCUGCCAGGUCGCGCAGAACCACAGAGGCACUCCGGCUACAUAGUAGGUGGCCUUGCCCACGCGUGCCGCCCUGCUCCCACAGAAGCUCGGGGCCCCUGCCCGAUGCAGGCGCCUGCGCUGUGCUUCAAUCCAUUGCUCCUUUUGAGUUCUGGAGCCAACAAUGUGGCGCCUUGGAACCCUGGAGUUCCCGGUGGGGAGUGUCAGCUCCCGAACAAUCGCCCGCGGGAACCCGGAAAGCAAAAUGCCACACAUCCGAAAGAGAAGAAUCAAAAGAAGAACAUUCGAGCGCCAUCGGUUAUCUCGAAUCAGAAUCGAUGCGGAUAUAUCAAACAUUUCCCAACACGAGCGGGGCCGGCCUGCUUCGAAGCCGGCGUUAGUGGCGGCGACUCUAGAAGUUACGCCAUGUCGGUUUGUCAUCUUGCAGUGAUCCGGUCCAAAUCCGCGCCGCCGAUCCGCUUCUUCGCUGAGUAAAUUCAAACACUAAAAAUACGUGAGGCAAAAGGCCCAAAAAUAAGCUCGCGGUCUGUCCUAUAAAGUGCCUUCAAAUUUUCUCUGUGGGAUUUUUACAAAAGGAUACAAAUGUCGGUCAAGAUGCUGCGCAUUUCGAACUGUCGAGUUCUCAUUUCUUAUCCCUGGUACUGUUGCUGCUUGAUUUUUUCUUAAAGUAAAGCUCGCUGUCUCUGGGUGCUGAUUUUUUAUGUGCAGCGCACGCACUCGCUGGCGUCCAUGUUCACAAAUUUUUCCGUUCUUUUCAUACAAACUUCUGGUCCUACAUCUGAGUGAUCAUAAUUGGUUCUGUGUUUCUAAAUUAGUCUUCGUCGUCGUUCUUCGCAGCGGCCUUGAUUGCCGCUGUGUUAUACUGGGACUCCAGGUUCCGUAGCGUGGUGGCGUCGGUAGCCUCCAGGAGGAAGCUGAACUGGUUCAGGAUGUUCAGGGUCCCCUUGAUCGCUGGGUUGGCUGUUAGAGAUGUUUUUGGAUUUUGUAGAAUUGCUUCUUCAGAUUGGAAUGCAGGCAUAUACAAAAAUAAGGCUUUGCAAUCUUUUGAAGCAAUUCGACAAAAUUCAAAAACAAAUCUGCACCGCCUGGUAUGCAAAUCAAAAUCCCACGGCAGCUCAGAUUUGCAAUGCUUUUCGUGGGUUGGCCCGCGUGUGAAUGUCGUAGUCUUCACAUAAAAGGAGGACCGCUUGUUGUCAUGCACGACAUGCGUGAGAGAUUUCAUGCAAAGGCGCAGCCAACCCAUGGAAAGCAGACUGCAAAACUGAGCCGCGGUCUAUAUGCACCAGCAUAGGCUUGGCCACAUUCUGCAUCAUCUUCCCCAGAUUCGCCAGGAGGGUCUUCGCGCUCUGCAGGUCCAUGCCCUCACAGUUCUCGCAGAGCUUCACGAGGUAUCGGUGGGAGUACGACUGGUCACCAUACUCGUGGAACCACUUGUACUUGUCUGCAUGCGCGAUUUUUUCGAACUGGGUGCACAACUUCUUGACGUUUUCAUACUCCUCCUCGUGUGGGCUGUUAGCGAUGUGCACCGACGGGUCCAGCGCAGUCUUUCCCUCUUCGACGACCUUCUCCAGCAUGUUCGCGAUUUCUUCGGUUUUUUUUUCGCAGUCCUCCUCCAGGCACUGCAAAUCGAAAUCGAUAACGGUGGAGCCGAGGUUCUGCAUGGCCUCCACAAUAGAGUACCUGGGCGUUGGGUGGACCAGACGAUCUGCAUCAAAUUUGUCAUGCAUAUGCGUAUCCAGAUUACCAAAGUCGGAAAAUGCAAAACGAAACUUCUGGCACCUAGUACAGAUGCUUGCGCGGGUGCCAUAAAGCAGGUAAGUAGUUCUGUACAUGCUCCAUCCCGCUUUUUUUUUGUUCCGCAAAUCGUCGUAGGCUUCGUUGCGCGAGGUGAGGAAGGUGCCGAUCAGCGGCACCUUUUUCUUCAGCGGGUCGAGCUUCGCCGGCUUUGGGAGUGCGGGCCGCGACUGCAAGAUACCGAGGUAGCCCGUGGCCUCCGCGCGACUGAAGAGGCCAUGCGUGUUGAAGGCCUUGGCCAGAAUGGUGUAAAAUUGCCGGUCCUCCAUCACCUUGUUCGCGCGGGCGUUCUUCAGCUCUCUGUUCAGUUGUUCCGCGGUGCCGCCGUUCGCGUACUCGGAGAUGGCCUGGAGUUUGCAGAGGUUGUUUUCGAAUCCACAGAGGCCGGACAUCGCCCUGCGGCCAGGUAGCAACGCAAAAAUUUUCUGCAUGACAAAUUUUUUACCUUUUCGAUAUCCACCGCCCCAAGGUCUUCCUUCAGCAUGUCCUCGAUUUCGCUCAGGUAUCCGGCUAGCAGCGGCAUCUCCGCGGACUUCAGCAGCUUCUUCAUCUCCUGCAGCUCCUCACUAGUGACGUGUCCGGGCUUCUUGCGUGCGGAGGAGGAAUUUUUCUGCAUGUUCGGGUCCAGAAACAGCUCGUCGUCUUCGUCCACGUCCAUCUGCGCGUCCUCCGCUUCCGCCCCCCCGACGACCUUGUUGAACUCGACGACCUUCUGCCAGCCCUGGACCAUGUUCGGGGCACAAACUUCGAACGUGUCCUCAUAGCUGUGUCAUGUUAUUUUUGCAGAUGUCGAUGUAGCGAGAGCAUGCAUACAGCCGGGGAAGGCCCCAAUGAGACCACGAGGUCUCUCUUUAUGCAUGACAAGACGACGCAUAGGCUCCUUCGUUCUGCAAAACAGAUUGGAAGCAAGGCAAGACAUAUACUCUUCGAUAAACUGCAACACAGAUCGUGGCUCGGGCUUUUUCUUCUCCUUCUUCCACCGUUCGAGCAUAUUGGCCCGCACGAACGCGCCGGCUGCUUGAUACGGCUCGGCAACUGUAGUUUGCAACUUUGAGAAUCACUGAGGCCUGCAUGACAAAAGAAUUUAGGCGAAAGGGUGGCGCACUCAGAAUAAGUAACAAAAAACCCCGGCAGAGGUUGUUGCCCGGCCACAAAAUUCACACACUCACACUAAGUCCGGACGGCCGGUAUUAUGCAUGACAAAAUUGAGAAAACAAGAUAUGUACAAUUUUCAUUGCUGGUAGGGUGGUUGAUGCCCGUCCGCAUCAUGAAGAUGAAGUUGCUGACCACGGUCAAGGGGCACUGCCGCCCCCUCAUUUCCGCCACGAGCUUCUGCGCCUCGGUGCUGUUCAGCGGGAUGUACAUUUCUUCCGGAAGAGUUCCGCAGAAGUUGAAGUUUGCCGUCCCCGCCGCUUUUUGCUUUUUCUCCGCGUCCUCCAUAAUGGCGUCCAGGUCUGCCAUGUCCGCGCUCAGCAUCAUCUGCAGGAACGACGCGGGACCCGAACUACUGGCCACGCUCGUGUUUACCGCCCCACUGAUGUUGCUCGAAGACGCCGUCGUGCUGGAGAGCAAGCUGGUUGCGCCACUGCUGUUGUUAUUGGCCGGGGCCAGGGCGCCCAGGGAGGAAGAGGAUGACGCAGCCCCCGCGGCUAGCAGGCUAGACGACGCGAUGGUGGUGCUGGUUGUGCCGCCAGUUGAGGUGGCCGGAGCCUUCGGGUGGUUUGGCAUUAUCAUCCCGGCAAACGCCUUCGGGAAACCACGGUCCUCAAUCGCGAGGCCAUGGUGGAAACACCACUCCCCGAUUUUUUCGUUUCUCGCCGUAACGCUGUCCUUCGAGGCCAGGAGCGACUUCAACGACUGCCGUACCUCUUCGCCCAAAGCGUCCGCGCGGAUGUCGAUCAGCCCGUCCAACACCCAGUCCCGCAAUAUGAAACGAAAGCCAGGGCGAGGCUUGGCUUUCAUGCGGCACAGACCUUGAUAUUCAAAACACUAUGGACACACAGACCCAGACCCGGACACCCAAUUUCGCCCCAAGACUUUCACAGACAUAGACUCGUGCUCUUUGAUGUAGAUCCCCUGCAUACUGACUUCCUUUUUUUCCGCCAUUGUUUCCACAAUGAGCGACCCCAAGUACUCGAGCGCAGACAUGUUCUUCUUCGUGUUCGGGCACAUGCCGAAAUGGCCAGCCUUGGUCUCGAGCUGGGACUGCUCGAACCGGGGCCAAUAAUCCCUGCGGGCCUUGUUCUUCAGCUUCUUCAGCGCCUCGACCUGCAGCUCUUUGGCCGACGUCUGCUUGUCCGGCGCGGCCGGCAGUGUGGCGAGCCCGGUGGACUUCUUUUUUGUCUUCGGCCCGCUCGCGGUUUCGCCCGCGAGGCGCUUCCGCUGUUUUGUUGUUCGAGUUUUUCUUUUGCCCAGGAAUGCAGGCGCGAUGGGAGUGGGAGCGGCGCACGCUUCACAGGCCAUCUCGGCCGGGAGAAAGGCACGCGCAAAGGGCGCGGAAAAACGCGGACGCCCGGUGGAGGGGCGUCAACCCGAGAGGCCGCAUGGCAGGGGCGCCCGCAGCGGCCAGGGCCUGCGCACGGCCCCUGGCGCGUCUGGGCAGUAUUUCUUCCCGCGCCGGCGCCUACCCCUGGCGGCCCAAAAACACAGGGGCCUUGCGCACGGCGUCGGCCCGGGCCACGCCGGCGCAUGUGGGCAGUAUUUCUAGCUCCGCGGGACUUUGGUCCCAGGCCACACAAAAAAACGCGCCCGAGAACAGGCGCUGCCCACUGCGGUACGCAGCGGCCCGGGCGCGUGCUGGCAGAGGGGCGCGAACCCGGCGGCCACCCGCUGCGCCACGGGGCACCUGCCCUGCCUGGCGCGCCUCUGGCCCGCGGCGCCGGCGCAAUUUCGUGGCGCUAGCCCGGAUGGGUUUUCGAGCGCACUUUUGCCAGCGCUUUUUUUUUUUGAAAAAAUGCAGCUCGAGCUGCCACUUUUGCUGCCACAAUUAGCUGCCACAAAUUUCAAAAACGGCAGCCUGGGCUCCGGAAAAAAAUGCCCAGAAAUUCUGCCACAAUUUGGGCGCCACAAUUCGGGUACGCAAAAACGCACCUGUUUCGUUAGAAAAAAUUUGUGGCAGGGUCGGGGCAGCGAUUUGUGGCAAUAUUUCUGGGCAUUUUUUUUGGGUCGGGGGACGAUGAAAAAGACGGUCUGAGGGGCGGUUUCUGGAGCACCAAAACUGCUCAUUUGUGGAACUACUAAAAAGCGCACGAAAAGACUCGCGUACCUGCUUUCCCGCUGUCGUCUCUGCAGCUACGGUCUGCGUGGACGACUGACCGAUACUCACUGCGGGAGAGGCAGCCGGGGCAUUUUUCUUCGACCGACAUAUGCAGACCAAAGCUUGCCCGCCCGGUGCACGAAAACAGACCAGCUGCUGCCAUGGCACAGAGAACGCAUGGCAGGCAGCCGAAAGCCAAAAAGGCCGGGCGGGCAAACUCAUCUUCAUAUCUACCAGCGGAGCGACCACUGGAUUCGGAUUUUUGGGGCCGGACUGCGGGCCCGAAGCCCCUGUUACCUGCUGCGGCGCUGUUGCCGGUGCUGCUGUGGCUGGUUGUACUGGUGGGCCCCCGGAGUUCUUGUUUUUCUGCUCUCCGGCUGCUGCCACACUCGUGCUUGCCUGAUUUGCUGUUGAGGAAGAAGUAGUUAGGCCACUGGCGGGUGCGGUUUGGUUGACCCCGGUUGUUGAAGAAGCAGCUGCCUGCUUUUUGGCAGCGGCCGUCGACACUGCGCUGGUGCCCUUUUUCGCAGCGCCGGCAGGCGCCGUGCUGCCGCCCUGCGCGCCCUGAUUCGUUCUGGGCGCCAUAUUCUUGUGUUGCUGCAGCUGCUGCUUGUUGAAUGAUUCGGAUUUGGUUGGGAGAAGCAAAAUCCCGCAAAACCCGAUGUCGCUCACACACACUGCCAACACAAAAUCGGGGAAAUGUCGCUACUCGAGCACUGAGGCCUAGCGCGCUACAGACCUCAACUCGCCGCUCAUACUCGCUAAUCUCUCACAACAGGUCGGACAACGAACGCAACGAGCAAAAUGGACCGAGGCGAAGUCGAUCUGCUAUGCCACGACCAGCCUAGUGCUGGGCUGCUUUGCUUUGUCCGUUGGUUUAGAACUGUGCCGCACGUGGGUCAAACUUGCCUUUCACUACUUCUUGAAGCGAUAUGCAACAGAAAAGGGCGAGGGGGAACAGGUGCACGAAACGCACUACAAGAUCUGAGGGCACAAUAUCAGUCGCAUGCAAGUCGCCGCCUUGCACUCUCUUCCGCGCUCGAUCUUUCAUCUGCAUAGCCCUGUUGUAAAAUUUGUAGCGGGAAGCAUGGGCCCAAUACAGCUUGCGUUCGUGGAGGAAAUCGACCACGAACUUUACCCCUUCGGCGACUUCCUCCGCGUAGGCUUCUCGGCAAGACAUGGUGUACAGGUCCGGCUGCUCGUUUGCCGCGAGCGGCUCCCCAGUGGCGCCUUUUUCGACGAGAAAGACCAGCAGCUGCGCAACAGAAACCGCACAACGGGCUACGAUUUUCAGAUCCUCCCCGAAGGUGUCCACGUAGAAGCUUUUGGACUGCUGCGCGGAGGAGAAGAGAGAAAGGUCCCGGAGUCUGGUCAAGAAGUUCUCGUCGGUCGUCGUUAUGAGGAUGUUGUCGACGGUAUUGCUCUUGUGCUCCGCCGUCCACUUCCCUCCCCGGUCGACCAGGCUGAAAGGAAGUAUCGAACCCCGGCCGCCCAUCUGCGUCACCAUGUCCUCCACAUCCCGCCCAAGCUUGCUCCGCAGCUGCUGGAAGUUGUCCGGCACUGGCGCCAGGACUUCUUGCGGGGCCGGUAUGCUUCGCUGCUGUGGUGGGGCCGGUGCUCCGGCAACCAACCGAGGGCCAUCGCGUUCAGAGGCAUCGCCCGCGCCCUUUCUCUCCACUUUCGUCUUGGCGUCCCGCAGGUGAAUCGCCUCCGACUUCUUGCUGCCCAACUUCGUGGCGGAAUCAACAGCAGCGAAAGUAUGAAGAAAGGACCCAUUGUCGCACACUAGUCCUGGCGGGACGAAGAAGCAGGUCGCGCCCGUCUCCAUUUCUGCGAACUCCAACGUGCGGCCCUGGGGGAGAAGAGAGUAAAACUGCGCCGCCGCGUCUGGGUCCUGGGGCGGAAUGAGGGCCAUGGGGGUGCCACCAAGCCGCAUCGGGUUUUUGCCGGCAAACGUAAUCCGGAAUAGGUCGCAGUUGGGGGCCGACUUUCCUCGCCGGUGCCCGACGAAAACACACAAAACGCCGCCAAUGACGGACCGGGGCUCCUUAAUGUGCAUGCGGCAGAGCUCGGCAACCACCCCGUCGAUCCGCUGCGGAAGCUUUGGGCCCAGCGCGAGUUUCCUCGUCGGCGCCGGCAGCUGCUUCUUCGGCAGGGCUGUCUGUAGGAAAUUUGCGGCCAGAGUCUGGAAGCGCGUGACAAGGUGGGAAAUUGGCUGCUGGAAGAAGGCCGCCACCUCGUCGUCGGUCAAAAGAUCAUCGGUGUCCAGGGUGUUCGUCAUGCUGAAGCACCGCGCCGCCGCCUCCGCUUCCUCCUGCAUUCUCGCCACAACGCGCGCCGCCGCCCGAAAUUUCUCCCGCUUCGCGUUUGCUAUUUCCUGCCUGCGCUUCGCCACAUCCUCCGCCAGCUUCAUGUCCUGCUCGUCCGUCAGGUCGUGCGCCUUUUCGCGCAGGAACUUGCUCGCCACUGCCUUGUUGGCCUCGAAUGAGUUCGCGUGCUUCUCCCCCCGGAACAUCAUCGUGUUCUUCCUGACCUGGCUCGCGGAUUUCUUUAUUUCCCUCGCAAGGUCCGCAAGAGAACCGGCCCCGGCUGCGCCCUCGCGAUCAGUUAUUUUCAGGCGCCUCCCCUGCGAGGUGUCGGAUGAGUUUCCGUUAAACUGGGCGAACAACUUCAGCAGCACAUACACUACCAGGGUCGCAUGCUGCAUCCUGUGCCGCCGGCUGAUCUUCGCGGCGUGGGUGUGCAGCCGCUCGGUGAAGAUCGUCGAAAUUGAAAUCCGCUUCAAGGACAAAAGCAGCCCGUCCAGCGUCGCGCGGUUGCGGUCAAGCAAGGUCCCGCAGUCCCGUAGCCGCAGGAUCUUCUUCGUAAAACCGAAGUCCAGGUCUUUCGGGUCCUCCAUUUCCGCCAAGCCCAAGAACUGCUCCACCGUAUCCGACACAAGCACCCCGCGCCACGGCCACUCCGAUAACUUCGGAAAACAGUCCAAGUACAAUUUCGCGGCCCCCAUUUCCAAAACCAGCCGGCUCUCAUCCGCGACACUGCUGGGGAGGUUCAGGAAUCCGCAAAACUCGAGGGUAACUCUACUGCGCUCGUCCUCCAAGGUCUGGUCGAGGAUGGUCUGCACCAGGUCCAGGCUCCCUAUUGUCGGCUGAUCCAAAAGCACCCAACCCGCCCGCGCCAAACCGGAAGCCCCAAGGGCGAUGAUCCAGCACCGCCGCACGAACGACGAAAAACUCAUCUUCUUCGACCGGAGGGCAGCCUUGAGGAAAAAUUUCUUGCUGGACGCCUCCAGAGCCAGCUCCGCCACCUCGUACAAGCCCAACAAGCCAUACAGGCAAUACCGCUGGAUCGGCUGAAUGGCGUCCCCGAAUCUCUGAAGACUGACUUCCUGCGGCUUGUAAACGUCCUGCAACAACAGUGCGGCCGCACCAUGCUGGUCCGCUGGCAAAUUCCCGAGAAGCAGCCCGCCCUUGUACCGCAAUUCGGCGGCCAGCAAUCUCGACACAAGGCCAGCCGGAAGGCUGUCCGCUACUAGGUUGAUGAUGGAGCGGUAGAUGGUCCGGUCCGCGGGGGAAAGUGGCUGGUGGUGGUAUCGCGCCUCACAAAAAUCCGCACAAUACCCGCGAACCACGGGGGAGCUGCCAUGCAGGGACGACGCGACUCCGGAAAAGGCCUGCUGUGUCGCGUUAUCCGGUAAUUGGUAAGAAACGGAGUACUUGAUGCCCAGGUGGAAGUCGUGGACCGAGCACCUGCUGAUGACGAAAAGGUCGCAGAUGAGUAUCGGGCUUGAAAUUCCUCUGAACACCCGCCCCUUCAGAACCAGGCCUAACAGAAGAUGGGAAGAGCCGCGCACACGCCGCUCGGCGCGAGCUGUUCACGCGAAAUGCAAAAAUCAUGCAAGUUGGCAAUCUGCGUACUGAGAUUGCCGCUUGGCCUGGUGCUGAAGUUCUGGGUGGCCAAAGAAGUGCCAUGCCAUACGCUCCUCCAGCUCCUCCCCAUCGCCGCAAUGCCGGUGGAGGCGCGGAACCUGCCCCGUCAGUGUUGCUGCGGAUGCGCCAUCGCCCCCGUAGAUACUAAGCGUGCAGAUGCCGUCGAUAAAAACUCCCGCGUCCCGCAGCUGCUGUCGCAAUGGCCGGACCAUCGCCGCAAGGACCUGCCCAUUCUGUUCCGCAGUGUGCCCCGCGUUCAUCUUCACGAGGGGGUGGAGGAGCCACAACCGGUUCACCUCGUCGCCGCAGACUUUCCCGAACGCCUGAAGGAGCAGCAUCGUCUCAUAGCUUAUCAUAGUUCCGGAAGUUUCGUCCAGCGUUGAUAUCGGGGUCCCGUCGAAUUCUAUGUGCGUAAAAAAAGCACACGCGUCCGCCUGCCCGCCGUGUCGCACAAAAAAAUUCGCCGCCUGCAUCUGGUGCUCCAACAAUAACAAGGCGAAACCCUGCCGAAACUGCUCGAGGAGGUCCCCGGCGUACUUGUCCGAGUGAAGGCGCGGGUCGUUCUUCUUUGGCCAAGUGCCCUCGUUGGCGUAGAUCAUCAUCUUGGUGCAGAAGGUAAAAAACCUGCCCUGCACACGCUCCGGCACCUUUGGAAGCUGAACCAACUCGCGGAAGGCUGGCGUUGGUACAUUGAUGUUGGACACAGCAACAGCGCUGCUCUGCGCCCCGUCGGAGCUUGAACUAGCCGACAUCGCGGCUCCGGCCAGGUGCAGCUAAUCAAACGGGUAAAGCUGCAUCACUCCCCGUGCACACGGAGACGCUUCUUCGACGAUCAUUUUGCGCCGGGGUAUGGAAAACGGCUGUAACUAAAAUCGAAACACAGAACCAAUUAUAUGCAAAAGAUGAACCAGGAAAAUACAUGCCUUCUCUCGUUCAAUUAGAAGUUUUUUUUUUUUCCUUUCACCUCGCCCCACCUCGCUUCCAUCGCCAUGGCUGCCACUGCUCUCAGACAUCUCAAUGGAGAAAGCAACAACAACUCAAGGGUAGGAAGUAAGUCUCUCCUACUUCUCGCUUCCUCGGACUUCCGAAUCGCAAGACGGAGACCAGGGGAACGCCAACACUGCGGGUCGCCAAUAUGUGUGGCACGUCGUCCUCACUCCUUGAUCUAAAUUCUAAAAUGUGGGCAUUUUUUUGGACAAAAAUCUGUGAACGAUAUGGCCCGGGACCAUCCAUAUGAAACGUGUACAAUUUUUUUAUACGAUUUCCCUUUACAACAAGUUGCUCCAAAAGAGCCAAAUACAAAUUCUUUAUAACGGACAAAAAAAAGGAUUAUCACCUGCUUGAAAAGAAACAAAGAAGAUGGUCAUGCUUGUGGCUGCUGGUCGCAGUGGUCGAAAUAAGACGCCGCGCAAGUUUGCGAAGCGUGCUGUUGCAGGAGGAACCAGAACUGCAGUGGCGAUUUUUGCUAGUUUGUACACGUUACAACUACCGGCGCUGGUCGAUGCAGCGGGUGCUGCAUCCUCGCCGCUGCUGCCCGGACGAGAUGAUGAUGUUGUCAAUCAGGUAACGCAGGGCUUAGGAGGUAUGAGCUUAAACGACCAGGUCCAGGCCGACUACCCGGUCAUGAAAGACAUUACGGAUGUGGCGAUAUACAUUCUGGACAACAGCGCCAGCAUGUGGUCUACCAGCAUUCGCGGGGAACCAGUGCGGGCAAAAGAGAUCGACUACGUCCAGUGGGAAACGCACGAAGAGGGAGAAGGGCGGGUCUUCCAGGAAGGACAGAUUCCUGGUUGCUUUACCCACAACCAGCAAUGGCUCGAGCUGGUUUCCAAAACCGAGCAAAUCGCGCGAUACAACGUACGUCGUCGGAUGCCCGCAUUGUACAUUAUGCUGAAUGGUAAAAAGAAAAACGUACACCAGACACGUCACGUGUCAUCUGAACGUGAACAAAACAAAGACUACGUGCUGAUCCUGCCAACCGACAACGAGACUGAAAAUACGGAGAGGCUAAAGGAAUUGCGAGCAAUGAUCGACUCGCGCAACGUAUACAAUGCAGGUGGUUAUGCAGGGAAAAAAGUUCGUCUCCAUCAUCAUAUGAAUUUUUUUUACAAGGUUAAUAUGCAUCCAUUUGCACAUCCUCUGUGGUUUGUCUCACAGAAAACAGAAACAGUAAACAGAUCGCGUACUUACUCAUAAUUUUAUAAAGCUCGUCGCCUUUAUGCCGGCGGAUUGUUCUGGUUUUUCAAAAACAAUUUACGAAAGUAGAUGACGAAGAGUGACUGUGGUGGACUUUUUUCUGUGGAUAAGGGCACGCCUCUUGUCACUAUGACCCGUGCUCUCGGCUCUUGGCUGUUUAGAAGUAUUAUCCCGGAAGCAGAUCCUCGUAACCAAAUUUUUGCCGACUCACUGUUGCAGGAUUUCGGGAAAUUAAUUCUCAAACGAGCGAAAGACGUAACGGUGGUUUUCGUGACGGAUGGGAUGCCGGGCGAUGGGAAUAUGGCGUCUUCAAGCGUUACAUUCCUCAGCGGGUACGAUUUUAUGGUGCGUUCGUGAAGACGCAAAGGCAAACCAAAAGUGACACGCAAAGGAGGAGAGCAGCAGGUGAUCUUGCCACGUUUCAUAUUGCCACGCAAGAUUGGUAUACAACAUUUCAUUAGGAGACAUGUCCUGGAUCGUUCUGUAUGUUGGGCUGUCGCGCUCGGCUAGCUGGCCGGGCUGUACUGAUCAGGUGCGGUGUGUAGCUCCCGACUGGUUGGUGCUUUUAUUGGGGCGACUUGCCGUGGUAGCGCUCGGCUUUUGUAUGUUGAGGUCGCCGAAAGUGCUUCCUCGCCCACCCCCCGGGGAGGGGAUCCUUGACCUGUGGCGCUGGGUGCGGGUGUCCACUACAUGAUGAUGAUGAUGAUGAAGACAUCUUUGUCAGUGCUGUGUAUUUAUUAAAGCAUCCGAUGUUAUAGAGAGUGCUUAUGUCGUGCGAAGAUGGGGAAGAAGGAAAAGGCUGAGCGAAUUGGAAAUGAACGGCAACAGGUAUACAUAGGUCAGCAUAUGAAGAUAUAAUUUCAUCGGAGGCGGCCAGCUCCUCAAAGUCACGCAUGCGCUAGGCUAGCGAUGGAUACUGGUAACCGCUGAGGACUGGUAACAACAUCUGAGGACGCCAUACGCCGCGUGAAUCAAUUCCAUGAUGCGAUGCAAGAUGUAGCGAGGUGGGGACAUCAAAACAGAAUCAGCUUUCUCUUUACCGCUACGCUCUGCACGGAGUGCAGGGAGGUUGUAAACGAGUACAACGCGCUGGAUGAAAGAGUAAAAGGCCUCGGUGAAGGGCGCACCUUUAAACUUGACGUCAUCGAUGAUUUCUUCGGGGAAGCUUUGGAGGUAGCCAAAAAAAAUCCAGCCUUUGUGUACAGCUUCCAGCCCAUUCAUGAAGCCCGCCAGGCUGGUUGGAAUGCCCCAAAGCAGGUCGGCGACAACUUGGACGAGAAGGCGCUUAGCCUGGUUGAAAUGGAGCUGUUGGCGCUCAUGGUCGUACGUGCCGCUUUCAAAUAUGACAACCAGCGCAGGGAGUUUUUCCCACCUGUGGACUCCGCCAACAACCGGUGGCCUAGCCCUAGCAGCAGAGAGGGCUCCUCCAGAGCUAACUACAGGUGGUUGUAUGAACUUAUUGCUCCCGCCAACGAGCAUGCGAAGAAAGUGUUCAAUGUGAUCCCGUAUCCCGAGCAACUCCAGCAUUACUAUCCGCCGCAAAAGAUACUGAUGCUGACCCUCUGCAGUGUGUGAAGUGACUUCUACUACCCGUCCCCUGAAAAUUGAACUUCAGACUGCCAUGCCUAUAGCUUGACACUGCAAGACUCAUUUCUCGUGCGAAACGCAUCGAAAAACGAAAGUGCCGACUGCAAUGCUCUGAAACGCGCUGAUCGCCUCUUCCCCGUACGAAUAGAAAUAUUCACACACCUGUUUUGUAUCUUUCUGUGUGCUUUUUAUUUGUACGACGACGAGCAUACAUGUAAAAGUUUGCGCAACAUUUUUGCGACCAAUAUUUUUUAUGUAAAAAAUCUUUUUAUGGAACGCAUAGGCAUAGGUGGCAAAAACCCGCCGUGGGCACGCAUUGAUUUUAUCCUUAUCGUCGAACAACUAUCAGGGUCACGUUACAGCAGAGGGUCAGUACAACUUCAGCCCUCUUCUAUAAAGAUUCGAUUUCGGAACCGCCAAAAGUUGGAUUUCUGGAAUCCUUGUUGUUGGGCAGCGCACCUCCGAAACCGGGAUACGGCCGGGAGCAUUGCCAAAUUAAAAUGAACUGCAUGCGGCUGCCGCACCCCAUUCUCGGAACCGAAAGUGACCGGCCUUCCGUUUCCCGGGACAAGCAGGGAAACUGUUUUCAGGACCGUGGACGCGGUCUCGAGUUCUUACGUAAGUAUUGCGAGAAAGGUCUGGUCUCGCCGAUUCACGUGGACUUGCUUCGCAUUGCUAUGGAAAACGCAAAUACCACACCGAACCCGAAGAUCAAAUUCCAAGCGCCCCCAAGUGCUCGUGACUCCUCCAGUGCAUACCGCCCCGCUCGCCGGGGUUUGUGCAAUUGCCGUAACCCUCAAAGAACACGUGGAGAUCCGCACCUUCCUUCGGGUCCGCCACUUCGUCCGUCAGGAAACAAUCCUGUUUGGCAGCCGUCACUACCUCCCUCAAAGACGCUGACGGUGACCAACCGACUGGCAGGCAACGCCAAAGGUUUACAAGAUGUCCAGCAGCCGUCUGACGCUUGCGGCGUCAGUGGUGUGAAAGAAGAAGUAGCCCCGAUUAGGAUCCUCUCCGUAGAAGAGGCGAAUAACCUGCGCGGGGGCUCUCCAGUCGAUCCAGCAGGAGAUGCCUGGGAAGAGCUCGUCAGAGCGCAGGUCGUGGGGAGGGGUUGGCGUUCGCGAGGCACUACGUCCGACGCGCCUCCGAGCCGUGAGGGGCCGAGAGAGCACCAACCCCGGGCGCCGCGAGGGAUCCUGCCGUAACAGGUCCACAAAUGCACUGAGAUCCAAUGGGCCCCUUGUACGUACGAUGUUUGUGCACACCGAUCGCUCUUGCCUGUGGCUUCGAUAAUAAUAAUAGACGCCAGCAACUCAAUCUGGGUUUCACGGAGAAGGACUAAUUAAGUACGCGCUGACGCUCUCUGCGCAAAAGGUAAAUGGCACGAGGAGCGUAUAUAAGUAGGUAUUCUUCGAUAUCGAUUGUGUAGCAAAAGCAUCAGAAUUUUCAUAAUUUGUGUCUAGUCUCGACCACUUAGGCGUCUGUUAAUGUGACAAGAUGUCUACAGUUAAGAGCAUGAAGGUGCGCUAACAUUCGAUCUUAUUGAUGAAGCCAGCAGCGGGCACCUGCUGAUGCUGAUGGUACUACUCAAACAAGAAAAACAUAAAAGAAUUGAAAUUGAUGAAAUACAAAAAUCAAUUUCAAGCUUGCAUUUCUCCGACUCUCUCGUCGUGACACGAGAUUGGGAGAAAAAAGACUCUCUAUCAUCGUCUGCCUGAAGGAAACGUGCUGGAGAUAAAUUUUUUUUUUGUGGAGAACUCUGACUAUCAAACUUGUACAAUGAAUUGCCAAAUCAGACUUUAUUUGAAUUUAUAGAUACACCUUAUCGGUAUUACCAGGUACGGGCCUUGAAUGUUGCUACGUGUUUCGUAUGUAAGUCAUCGACUUUCGUCACCGUUGCCGUACGCUUAUACAUACAUUUCCUUUACUAGUCAUACUUAGUGGCCAUCUUUUGACUCGUCGCUGUUCGCACGACACAAAACUUCUCUGCUCAUAUUUAUUGCAAGUAUCUAGAAGAUCUUCGUUUGACGCGGAGGAGUAGCUUGCUACUCACUUGCACGAAAAACUGCAACAAGAAACUAACCUGACUGGAUGUCACAGCGCAUCAUGAUAGAGAAACAGUUGUUAUCAGCCCCGCAAGAAACCCGAAGCGGUACCGAGGCCCACGACCGUCUUUCAUCAUGAUACUGGCAGGAAAAUGUAGUUGUAGGGACAGGAUCACGAAUAAAAAACUAGAAACUACAACAUCUGCGCCCUUGCGAUUUCCAGGACAACGAAGAAGAUAUGGAAAAGCAACGGAAAAUCAAACGCUGCGUCGAGGGAGCAUUUGCUUUUCCGACAUAGCACUACAUGUCUCCGACAUAACAUCCAAAACUAACAGGUGAUGAGGCGCCUCUGAUUUUCGCUCGAAUUCACCGUCAGUUAUGCUUUUCCUCUAGUAU